AAUUCAUUUAGAUUUUCCAACCGGGUAUUGGGUUUGUCACGAACCAGCUUGAGCCACAUUGGCCGCAUUUUUCCUUUUAUUGUCAAUAGCAACUACUAUUUAAAAACUCUUGAAUACAUCUUAACCCUGUAUAGCUCAAUUUCAGUUAUCGGAUACUCCUCAAUACUACUUGACAAUCUACUUUUUCCUGUAUCUGAAUUCAUACCAUAGUUUGCUAGCAAGUUACGCUAGUGCUUUAAAUACAUCUCAUUCGACAACCAAAAUCUAGCUUCGCCCAACUUUCAAUCUAGAUAUGGGCAUGUGUCGCUCAUCUCGCUUUGCCUGUAUUCGAAAUACUCGCACAUUCUCGACGGUUCAGCAUCUUCUCCACAGAGACAUGAAGUAUGCAAAUGCAUGUGCAGCCGCAGCUGAAAAGUCUUUAGUUUCCAAGUCUGCUUCCUCUGCUAUUGAAAAUAAAUCGCCUGUGCGUGUUAGUGAUACUUUUUUAAUAGGCGACAAUCCAAUUAGCUCAAUCCUAAGCUCUACUGGCAACUCGCACAGUCAUACUGAUUCUUCUGCAUCCGCCUUUAGAUCAAAACGCAAGGGAAUUCAUCCUAUUCGAGCCGUCCAAAAAGGUUCUGCAGAUACUGUACCAGGACUUAUUAUUCAACUUGGCUUUGGAACAUUUGGCCCUUCGAGCAUUCUUCGUACCGUCGAUUACAUACCUUUUCCUACGCGUCAGUCGAGUAUCUCUGCUGCCCGAUCAUCCCGAAGUAGCAAUUCAAACUCGACUGGAACCUCGUCAGUUCAAACUGUACCUGCCCGUCCUGUGCGGAGUGCUACUCUUAUGUCAAAAGCUAGACAAACUGCUGCCAUGUCUCGGUCUCAAGCCAGGGCAGCCACAGUCGCGAAAAGAGCCGCUACUCGAGCUAUAAACAUGGCCGCUGCUGCAUCCAUCUCUCUUCCACCUUCUAGCCCCACUGCUCCACCCAAUGCUUCAAGUGCUGCAGCAGACUCCAAUGCGGUACAAGCCUCACUUUAUGAUCCAUUCAAUAAGAUAGACAGCUCUUGCUCUGAUGAGCAGGGACAUGCUCGUUCUGCAGCCAAACGUCCGGUGCGCUCUACAGCACGAAACCGUCAAAGUCGUGCAAAGCCGUAUUAAAUCGCAUCAAGAAUUGUAGUAGCUGAUGUGAACAUAUAUUUGUACAUACUAUUGAAAGUGGAUAGACCUCCGCUUGAUGAUUUUCGACACUUGAUUCCUUGCCAACCUACUUGGCAUCACCUUGUUUAGAUUGGAUUGGUCCUUGAAAUGCCUUUACAUAUUAAACCCUCAAUAUUUUGUCAAUCCACCGCCUCUUUCUAUAUGCUAUGUGUUUUGGCUUCGAGACAGCAGUGGUGGUUUAUCAACUAUUUUUCUAAUUCUCUUUGAGCAUAUGCUCCAUUCGCAGCCAUAUUCACGUAAAAUAAACCACUAAUGCAGUCAAAACACAUAAUAAACAGCCAAUCUCAUGAAA